CAAGCAUUUAUCAAUAAAAAAUAAGUUUCUUGGACAAAAUCGACUACUAAAAUUAAACUGUUUAAAUAUUUUAAUAAUAAAAACUUAAAAACGUUGGCAGCUGACCUUUUAACAAACCUAGAAUUCUCAUUGGACGACACAGAGCAAUUAACCCUCAAAAUUCUUUAAAAUAUUUAAAGCAUAAACAAACAUGGAACCUCUGGAACCGGAUGUCUUUACCACCCAUACAAAAGAGCUCUCAGCAGCGGAUAAACAAAAGCUGGAUGAGCAAAACAAACGUGGUUUUGUGCCCGAAUUCAAGGCCAACAAAUUGGAAAUUGAUGCCCAAAGGAACUGGGAUAUAUUUUACAAGCGCAAUGAGACUCGUUUCUUCAAGGACCGCCACUGGACCACGCGGGAAUUCCAGGAGCUGCUAGAGGACCAGGAGGACACUGGCGGCGACAAACGCACCCUCUUCGAAGUGGGAUGCGGAGUCGGCAAUUUGGUAUUCCCGCUGAUGGAGGAGCAAACCAACGAGGAGGACAAUAGGAGAUUCCAUUUCUAUGCCUGCGACUUUUCACCCCGAGCCGUGGACUUUGUGCGCUCCAAUCCUCUGUACGAUUCCAGUCGGAUAACAGCCUUUCAGUGCGAUAUCACCACGCAACAGGUGCAUGAGCACAUUCCUUCCGGCAGCCUGGAUGUCUGCACCCUGAUCUUUGUGCUCUCCGCCAUCCAUCCGCAAAAGUUCAGGGAUGUGGUGCAGAACCUGUGCAGACUACUCAAACCAGGUGGACUUGUGCUGUUCCGGGAUUAUGGACUGUAUGACAUGGCCCAGUUGCGUUUCAAGCCGGGCAACAAGAUUGCCGAAAAUCUUUAUGUGCGACAGGAUGGCACCCGCAGCUACUUUUUUGCCCAAGAAGAAGUAUCCCAGCUCUUCCAGGAGAACAACUUCGAGAUAAUCACCAAUGCCUAUGUCCACAGGAGAACUCUCAAUCUCAAGGAGGGCGUGGAUGUGCCACGCAUCUUCCUGCAGGGAAAGUUCAGAAAGAAGAACCUCUGACCUCCGUGUUACGUAUUUAGUUGUUGUAUUUAUUUUAAAUCAAUAACAUGGUUCAAGUCAACGUUCAAUAAAUAUUUGUAUGUAAUAUUA